GGGCAAGGGGUACUACGGCAUCGUCGAGACCGUGGCACCCGCCAACAAGGUCACCCAGCUGGAGGCGCUGCCCGCGCCCGCCCCCGAGGCGCGGCGGUGCUGCUCCAGAAGGAGAUGGGCGGCCGUCGCGAUCGCCACCGCGGGACUGCUGCUGGUAGCCCUGGCGGGCUCGCUGUUCGCGCCCAGACUCGGCUGGGGUACCAGGCGGCCGGACUCCGGCAUCUCCGCCUCCGCCGACGGGGCCACCACGGCCUCCACGACGGCGCCGGCCAGCACGGAGACGCCGACGACCACCGCGAGGCAAGACCCGUGCGCCGAGUACACCAACGGGGUGAAGAUCCUCGACAUAUCGGCGAGGGAAGCCUGCGCCGACGAGCGGUUGCACGACCACUGGAGCAUACCCGGCUUCCUCGCGCAGUGAGGCGUACCGAAGUGCGCGUUCUCCACCGACUGCUUCCUCGUUUUCCUGGUUGUUUCUCCUCCUCUUCCUCCUCCUUCUCUUCCUCCUCCUCCUCCUCCUCCUCCUCCUCCUC